AUGUGGAUAGUUGUACUAUUUGAAGACGACAGCACAUUAGCUGCUGUGCCUGCAUUUUGGUAUAAAGAUGGCUUCUGUGCAUGGCCCAACAGCAAAAUUAGUAAAAAUAUAGAAAAAAGAUGUGCACCAAAUGAGAUAGAAUUCUCCAGUUAUAAGGCAAAAAUAUUAUAUGAGCAUGUUGGAAAUUAUUUAGAAGCUCGUACUUUGGCUCAGGAGAAUUCAGAGGCAUCAUCAUGCGAUAACUUAUAUGAGGAUAUGCGCUUAAAAAAGAAGAAAAACUCAAGAUUUGUGUCGUCUAAAAACCAAACAAGGCUUCUUUCUCCACCACUAAUCGAUUCUGAAGAUUCUGAGAAUAAUGAUUCUGAGAAAGAUGUUGAUAAAAAUUAUAAGCCUUUUCCAGAUGAUGAUUUUACUCGUGAAAUUUCAUCUAGUUCAACAAAAAACAAAAAAUUUAAAGUCUUUCACAAAACUGGAUCAUUUACAGCUCAUGACCAAAGUUCAACUUCCAAACUAUCCCAGCAUCAAACAACACCGACAUAUUAUGUAAACCACUCACCUGAAUCAUCAAGAUCGUAUCAGUCUACACCAAAAGCUCAGUUGACUGAACCAUUUCAAAAUAAAGACAAACGUCAUCAGGCAUCUAAUUUUGAAUAUGAUCAUAACUCACCUGAAUCAUCAAGAUCAUAUCAGUCUACACCAAAAACUCAGUUAACUGAAUCAUUUAAAAAUAAAGACAAACGGCAUCAGGCAUCUAAUUUUGAAUAUGAUAAUGACCAAGGAUUCAAAAAGUUUAUAUCCAGGUCUAUGACCAACAUGAAGUACGAAAUUGAAUCUGUUAACAAACGUCUUGAUUCUUUUUACUCAUUAUUAGAAACAAUUAAUGAUAAGCUGAAUAGCAAUAAUGCAUUUUCUAAUUUGGAUAAUGUAUUUGAUAAUUAUGAAAAUGACAUAAUAUGCAUUGAUAACAAUGAUGACCUAGAAAAAUUGGAAGAUAAAUUAACCAAUGACCGACAAUAUAAAGCUUAUGUGAUUGUUUUGUUAACACGGUUGAUGGGAGACAGUUUAUCGGAGUCCGUAAGAAAAAUAAUGCAAAAAUUAUUUACAGAUAAUUUUUUGGCAAACUACUCUUUUAUAGGUUUUAAAGGCAAAAAAACAUUUUCCAACCUUCAGCAUUGUACAGUUAUAAUAGAUGCGAUUUUAAAAAUGAAAAAAUUUAAAGAUGUAUCAAUCAAAGAAAUAGAAAAGCCAAUAAAGAGUUGGAUGGCACAAGCUCCUUCAAGGAUAAAAAAAAAUGCAGAAAAAAUUGUUUAA